CUCUUGAGUUUAUAGCACUUUCUCCUCCCCUUAUGGGAGGAGCCAGAGAGACCAGUGGGCAUGCCGUACACCACUCUUUAUCUAAGCUACAGCCCUACCUAGAGAGGUAAGUGAUCAGGACAUUAUAUGCCUCCAAAGAGGCAACAGGUUUUUUUUGCAUUUAUGUUAGUUUGUUUUUAUAGAUACUGUCAGACCAGAUUUGAGAGCUGUUGGGAAUACCUGUUUCUCCUUCUUAGCUUAGGCAGGUUCUAGUCCCAGUCCCACUUGUUCUUGCACCCACCCUGUGCCAGGAUCUGGAAUUCUAGAUGGGACACAUCACAGAUACACCAGUUGGGCUCAAGUCCUAAAAGCGUAGCUUUGCAAUUUCUUUCCCACAUUCAUCUUAUGAUUAAAUGUUUUUCUUCCUCUGUAUUCUUCAGAUAGCUAUAAUAAUCUCAGAUUUUUAAAGAGGUCACUUUAUCCAGCCCCAGCAUCUUAGAAUUUACUUGUCUCUAAAGAGGAAGCCAUAGGGUUUUGUUUGUUUGUCUGUUUUCUGCAGGAGUCAUUUACAUGCAACAUCAUUCUUCAGGAGAUAAGUUGCAGAUUUUAAAUUUUUUCCUUUUCCCUCAAAGGUUCAUUCAGAUUUAAAGAACAGAUACAUGAUUUUUUAUAAGUAUCUAUAAAUUCUACAAUAGCCUCUUUCCAUCUUCAAAUUUUUCUAUUUUCUCUUUUUUUUGACAUAUACUCUUCAUGACUAAAACAUUUCCUGCACUAACUCUUCAUUUUAUUAGUCUGUUUUAGUGUUCUUAUUUUCCCAAGACGAUGAUCUACAAUUUCUCUCUCUCUCUUUCAUCCUUCAUUGACUCACACGUUUUUGUUCUUUGUUUUUGUUGACUUUUCAAAUAUUCUUGGAUUGUUUUUUUUUUCCUAUUACAUAUCAUACCAAUGAUAAUUUUAAGAGAUAACACGUAUUGGACAUUUCCCUUGUGCUUAGUGCUUUGGGUGAAUUAUCUCAUUUAAUCCUCACAGUAUUCCUCUGAGGUAAAAGUACCACUUUUACCUGAUUUACAGAUGACAAUGAGGGUGGUGAAGGCUAAAUGCGUUGCUCAAGGCUGCACAGUUAGGUGGUAGAGAAGAGAAUUGAUUCAAGCAACUUGAUUUGAGAGCUAGUGCUCUUUAAAUCUAUAUAAUAACAACAAGAAGAGAGGACCCAGGAUUGGUGGUAAUGUUGGAGCAUAAAGAUACUUUGCUAAUAUGAUACCUUACUCUAGUCUCUCGAUUUGGACAGUGAACACAUUUACCAACUAGCAGAGACAAAGAGUUGGAAAAAUGCAGCUAAUAAAGAUCUGACCCAUAUUGUCAAUUCAGAAACUUGUCCUUGAUAGGUUCCAAUGCCACUGGCAACUAGAUCCAAACUGUCCCUUCCCUCUCCCAUGCAAUAUUUUUUUCUCUUCCCAAGGUUGCUCUAGAUUCUGUCAUCUGAUUACCUGUGAAAAAAAUGUGAAGAAAGAUUGAGAAGAAAAACAUUGAGAUUUACCCCAGGAUGCUACAUGAAUCCAUCCCUCAUUGUUCGGGUUCCACUAUUUUUGUGGAUAACUAGCUCUGUCUUCUUGGCAAAUUGAGCUCUAAUUACAGUGCAGUGAGACUUCUAGAUUCUUCACACUCAUCAAACAUACUUAUGGAGUGCUUCUCUGAGUCAAUUUUGUGGAGGAUUCGGAAGAUCAAGUCCUGAAAGAAAGCUGUUAAGGACUUUCACAUAUACAUCUCUUUAUGGAGACAUGUUUUCCCUUGUGUAAAACACUUAUGAAAAAAUUGCUGAGCCCUGGAACACUGAUAUAAGAGAAUGCAGAAAAAGAACUUCAUAGAAGUGAAAGAAUUCAUCUUCUUGGGAUGCUCUAGCUUUGGAAAGCAUCAGAUAACCCUCUCUGUGGUUUUCCUAACCAUCUACAUUUUAACUCUGGCUGUUAACAUCAUCAUUGUGACCAUCAUCCGCGUUGACCAUCACCUCCACACACCCAUGUAUUUCUUCCUGAGCAUGCUGGCUAGUUCAGAGAUGGUGUAUACACUGGUUAUUGUCCCACGGAUGCUUUCCGGUCUCAUUUUUCACAAUCAGCCCAUCUCUUUGGUAGGCUGUACAACCCAGAUGUUCUUUUUUGUCAUCUUGGCUACCAACAAUUGCUUCUUGCUGACAGCAAUGGGCUAUGACCGCUACAUGGCCAUCUGCAAGCCCCUGAGGUACACAGUCAUCAUGAGCAAAGGAAUGUGUGCGCAGUUGGUAUGUGGGUCCUUUGGCACUGGUCUGGUUACGGCAGUUCUCCAUGUGACAUCCAUGUUCAAUUUGCCCUUCUGUGGCACAGUGAUGGACCACUUCUUCUGUGACAUUUACCCAGUCAUGAAACUGCCUUGCAUUGAUACCACUAUCAAUGAGAUAAUCAAUUAUGGUGUAAGUUCAUUUGUGAUUUUUGUGCCCAUAGGCCUGAUAUUCAUCUCCUAUGUCCUCGUCAUCUCCUCCAUCCUUAAAAUUGCCUCAGCUGAGGGCCAGAAGAAGAACUUUGCCACCUGUGCCUCCCACCUCACUGUGGUCAUUGUCCACUGUGGCUGUGCCUCCAUUGCCCACCUCAAGCCCAAGUUGGAAAGUUCAAUAGAAAAAGACCUUCUUCUCUCUGUGACCUACACCAUCAUCACUCACCUUUUGAACCCUGUUGUUUACAGUCUGAGGAACAAGGAGGUCAAAGAUGCACUGCACAGAGUUGUGGGCAGAAACAUUUCUUAACAGAUUGAAUCAUUUUGUCAGGAGACACACACGUUCAUCCAAUACAAUGUUUGUUGAGCAUAAUGUCAGAGAGUGGAAAUGCUUUUGUUUUUUACUUCUAAGGAUGGCAAAAAGCAGGUUUUCUGCUCUCGUGAAUUUUGUAACCAAAUAUAAGAAUCAUUCCAAGUCAGUCUAAUUCUACUUGUUUCUGUGCUUGAGGAUUUGGGUUUUGAAACUUUAAGGGGCCCCAUUUUAUCUGAACUCUCUAAUAGUGAAAUUCUUGACUUAGUCUGGGAAGGGGAUGUGGAGAAGAGGUAGUGGGAACUUAGGUGGCAGGGGUAUUGGGAAAAUAAGCAGCAGCUUUCAUUUCUCUCUUCUUAUACAAAAGAGAAAGCUUUCAUUCUCAGGAGUUAAAUCAUGUUCCCUGCAACAGUCAUUUUAAAAAGGGUUUCCUUAAUUCUUGCUGAUUGAAAAAUGAACAGCUUUGCAAAAAAGGGUCCUUCUUUUAUUAUCUAGCCAAAUUAGCUCCUUAAAUAGUAUUCAUUUCUAUGUGUAUUCCUUCCUUCUGUGCAAUCAAGGCAAAAAUCUCUGCUGUUCCCUAGAGGCUAAGCAAGGAGAAGAUAUAUCAGUUAGUGGCUUUUCUCUGUAACUGCAUUUUUAUCCAGUUGCACUUUUUUGUAAAGACUCUUCUCAACCUAUGUGAACUUUUUAGAUUUUUGAUUUAUAUGUAGUAGCUGCAAAAGCAUUGAAGUUGUUGUGUUAGGAUUCGGUUGUACUAAUUCCAGGGUCCAAGGUAAAUGCCGUUAACUUCCAUUCUCUCAGUAAAGAGUGCAAAAAUUUUACUUCUCCCAAUACUUAUUUAUAUCAAAAUAAACAUAACCAUGCUAUGUUGCUUUAUAUCCUCAAUGGGGAAAGUUGUGGGAUGUUACAUAGAGCUUCCCACCAGAGUUUUCCUCUACUCUGAGACAGAGCUGGAAGACACUUUCUAACAUUUGUUUUCACACACUCAUGACACCAUUGUUAUUCCACCUCCAGGUCAAUUCCUAUCCCUUACUUUCCAGUUUUCUUUCUUUUUUAAAAAUUUCUAAAUAUUAAGGGGG